AUGGACACCCCUCCCCGACUUGCUUUCUACGCGUCCUGGGACGCGUCGGGUGCUGGCGACACAAAGGAACUGAUACUGGUGUACUACACCAGCGACAGCACAAUAGAACUCAAAAGCAGCAGCAGCAGCAGCAGCAGCAGCAGCACGAACUUGAAACGGGUUUUGGUUCCCAAGGCCACAAUUCAGAACUUGUAUCAAGGGGCGCAGCUUGUUCUUUUUUCCCGACACUUAAGAAUCCUCGAGCCCGCCAACCAGCAGACUGCUGCCUACCUCGCCCGCAGCAUGCAGCCUGCCCUCUGCAUCUGGCGCGCCACUGACACCCACAACUACCCCCGAGCUCUGCAGGGGCUGCUUGACUCUGGGCUCACGCUGGCCAGCUGCAGGCAGCUGGCCCUGGAGGCUUCUUUGGCUGAUCUGCUGGCCCUUCUCUCGCCAAAUGCAUGCAUGCAGGGGGACCUUUCGGUCUUGUCUUCCUCUGCUAUUGUGGCUUUCACUUUGCUCGGAAGAGACGCAGCAAAUAAGGUUGCCACCCUCGCCCCUCAGUCGCUACACCCAAGUCCGGACACCCCCGCUGCUGCCAUCGAGCACUUGGCUGCACAGCUCUGCGAUAAGGUUAUGCCCCGCCCAGCGGCCCCCGGAGGGGCCCCUGCAGGGGCCCCCGGAGGGGCCCCUGCAGGGGCCCCUGCGGCGACCCUUGCGGGGGCCCCUGCUGCGACCCUUGCGGGGGCCCCUGCUGCGACCCUCGCUGGGGCCCCUGUGGGGGCCCCUGGUGGGGCCUUUGCUGCGACGCUUGUUGGGGCCCCUGCUGGGGCCCCUGUUGGGGCCCCUGAUGGGGCCCCUGCAGUGGCCCCUGAAGCCCCUUUGGGGGUGGGGGCCCUUGGAGCCACUACAGUGCCUGAGGUCACUUGCUGCGUCGUGAAGCCCCAUGCCAUACAGCAAACUGGCGGCAUAAUUGAAGAACUAAUAAAUGCGAACUUUGCAAUUUCCAACAUGCAGUCUUUUCGCCUGACGAAUUUGGCCGCCCAAGAGUUCCUCGAGAUCUACAGAACAGUGCUGAAGGAAUACCCACAGAUUGUUGAGGAAAUGACAAACGGAACUGUCGUGGCGCUGCAGCUCGAAGGACCUGACGCGGUGGCCAGGCUCAGACGCCUAGCGGGACCCCACGACCCCGAAAUCUGCCGCUGCCUCCACCCCUCCACCCUGCGAGCCAAACUGGGCACUGACAUCCCCCGCAAUGGCCUCCACUGUACAGACUUGAAGGAAGACGGGGCCCUCGAGUGCAGUUACUUCUUCGAAUUGAUGGCCGCGGGGGCCCCCCAGGCCGAGGCGUGA